UUAGUUCUGUAGAUUUUUCUGAAAGAAAAAUGGCAUUAAAUAUUAAAAAUAGUAAUUAAUUACUUAAAUUUAUGAGAAAAAAUUAUUUUUGAGGUGAGCAUUAAAGCUAUUUGUGAAGGUUGGGUCAAUAAAAACAAGGCCAAAUGUCUUUAUGUUGCCGUUGCACCAUAGUCUGUUUUUUUUCUUCAAGAAAUAAAUACAAAAAUUUCAUUUAAAAUUGCAUAUAUUCGCAAAGUUUAAUGUUACAAAUAAUAAAGAACAGUUAUUGUCUUACUUUUGUCCUAUAUGUCUAAAUAACUGUAGCUUUGAGUAUUAUCAAACUAAUUCAUUAAAUAAAUGUACAAUCCAGGACUCAAAAUUGAUAAAUCCCUGAUUAUUUUUCUGAUGCAUACAUCAAAACUAAAGCAACUAAAUAAAAAAAGUGAUGGAAAUAAAUCCAAAUGUAACAAAAAGGUCCAAACAUACAAACUGUGAAGUGUAAAAAAAAAUUACAAAAGGUUCCCUAUCUAAAAUCUGAAGACUUAAAAAAAAAGAAAAUGUAGAAGCAAAACAAUAAAAUUCAUGAGAAAAUGCUUAAAUGCAAGAAUUUUCUUUCAAGAGAAAGAACAUAUUUAAUACACAAACUAAAAAUGAAAAGAUAAAGCUUAUGAUGAUGCAAAAUUGUCUUAAAAUGACAUAAUCAAAAUAAACAUGUGCAACACAAAUAAUUAAACAAGUCUGUAAGCAAUUAUGUUGUUUUAGUCCAAUUUUAUUGUAUAAUUUUAUAAUGUAAUCAGUAGUUUGUGGAAAAGUUUAAUGUGCGAGUGGGUAUUUGAAUGACGGUUUACAUUUAUUUUGAAGUCUGCAUUGUGAAUUUCACUUGUUUGGGGACGAAAACUAGCUUUGGGUAUAAACUGAUGUGAAGCAUCUUUUAUGUUUUUUGCACAUUGUCCCUGUCAAAUAAACUGCAACUAACUACUGGCUAACUCACAGACGUUUCAAGCCAAAAAAAAAGAAAAUAUAAACAAAACGAACAAUACACAGGACUUUUCUAUUGUUUUGAAAAAUGAAAAACAUCUAUAAGUGUUGCAAAAAGCAACAUUUGGCUCCUCUUCAGUUGAGUUUGAAUGUUUUUUAUUGUCAAAGUGCCUCUGUGCAAGAUAUUAAACACUGUUAUGAUCUCUCCUUUUGCAUAUAAGAUGCAUUCCAAGACGCUAUCCAAAUAAGAGAAAUUCCAAUUUUACAAACAAAACAAAGAAUCUUGUUUUCUACAAAACAUUUCCCAGAUUUAAUAAAUCGAAAGCGUUUGUGCGCCUUUGCACCGAUCACACUCCUGUGUUACAGGAAGCUCCAUUAAACACUUUUAAGUUUGCUUCUCAAAUACACAAAGUCCACAGUCAAAUGAAAGGCCCAUACGACAGUUGUCAGUGUCACAGAUGUCUGCAAACUUGUGAAGAUUAUUCGUCAUCUGUCUGUGGGAAAAUCCACUCUGGCAAGGUAAAAAAAGAAACAUAGGCUGCUGAGUCUUUAAAGGUGUGAAUAUUCCUGUUUUUUUUUUUUUUAUUUCAUGAUCCACAGCUCUCUGUCACUGACCAAUAUAAAGCAGGAACUUCAACACCUGGAUUUUAGCAUAGCAAUCAAGUUUGUGCUGACAGGCAAUACCCAAUUAGGACCCCCAGACAGGGCAACUUCUCAACUGCGGAUGUCCUAACCAACAGGCACAUCUUACCUGAGUAAAGAUCCAAGUGUCAAAAGUGCAGAGAUCAAUAAACUCAGAGUUAUUUGCAACAUUUUCUCAAAGUCAACAGACUCCUGGCAAAUAUAUUUCACUUUCUUGUGAAGUAUUUUCAAAAUAAAACUAAUAAAUCAAUCAUUUUUUAACUGCAUUUAGCCAAAAAUAGCAAUGAAAUUAAUAGCUGUAUUAAAAAAGCAAAAAUAAUUGAAUUUGAUUAAUAAAAAAAUAAAGUUUUAAUAUAUUUCUAAACACAUGAAAACUCUGAGAUCUAUUGAUCCCCCUUUGAUCCAUUCAGUAAAAAUAAGUGCCCACUCAUCAGGACUUUCUACAACAAAUUUGUGUAUUGAAAUUCACUUUUUUUGCAUAUGAAGGCUUGAUUUCCUUUAAGCUGUAGAUCAACAUGGAGGAGAUGGAUUUGGGAAGAGCAUGAAGAUGGCUCAUCCUGCUUGAAGAAGUUUGACUUCCUAAAUGACUUCUGUGUGCACAAUGACCUCUUUGUUUUAACAGUUUUUGUUCUUAAAUGUUUCAAAAAUGUUCUCUAGGGAGUUUUCAGUGUAGUUGGGACAAACAAAUAUGCUUCAGAAACUAUAAACCCAUAUAAUAAAUGUUGAAUAAAUAUUUAUAGAUCUCUGACUGGCAAUAAAAGUUAUUGAAUUACUGUCAUUUAUAGGUUGAUAGUUAACUUUAUUGAUAAAAGUUAUUUAAAGGCGCACAGAAUUUCUGAUCUUCUGCAAAAUUUCCCUUCAGAUUUCAAACUUUUGUCCCACAUAUUUAUCUGCUCUUCCCACAUCAGAUAAAUGUUUUUUCUGCAAAUGUGUAUUGAGGCCUCAGCUCACGUUAACCCAGCUUUAACAGGCCCGCAGUGGCUGCCUCUCUCCAGGUGUGAUGCUUUCACACCCCCGGGGUCCGCAGACGUCUGAAGUCGCUGCGCAGCCGCUGUUGCGCCAGCCGGCCCGGAUGGUCGGCCCAUUCACACAUCCGCUCGGUACCACCUUUGAUCGCGGCUGGGAUAUAACCCCCAGCGAGCGCAUGGCUCACAGUCAGCGGCUGCAGCUCUGAGAGGCGGAGGACCAUGUCUGCGGCUGGUGGGAAUAUGCGCGUCCGGGACCUGAACCGCUUCCAGAUGCUCCACGAAGGGCCCCCGCACGCGACCCGCGUGGUGAGCUCAGAAUUUGGAUCCUCAAACUACUUUACCUCCAUAAAUGCUGCACCAAAAGAGGAUAAAUCCACGACCAUCUUGACGCACAGAAGAAAGAGGACCAACUUUACCCAGCAGCAAAUUGAAGUGCUGGAAAAAGUUUACUCUGACACGAAGUAUCCAGACAUCUACCUGCGAGAGCACCUGGAGGCUCUAACUGGACUGCCAGAGUCCAGGAUUCAGGUUUGGUUUCAGAACCGAAGAGCCAAAUCUCGCAGACAGGUUGGUUCUUCAGUCACUAAGGUCUCAAACACAACAGGAGGGAUCACUUUCAGCCAAAUCCAGAGCAGAAUGUCAUCUCAAAAAGCUUAUGAGCAGAACAGCCACAACUCUGAGGUGCAAAGGAUUGGAGCGUUUAAAGCAGACGACAGUUUCAUGUCGCUUAUUCACCAAAGCAAUGUGGAUCCUCACAUGACCAGACUUCCAAGGAAUUCCAGCUGUUAUUCCCAAAAGUCCUCGUCCUGCCUCUAUGACACGAAAAGCACCGGCGUGCAGCAACACAAGCCCGCCGUCUCCAACCCGAGCUACCAGCUCUACCCCACCCACAAUGAGCAUCAAGUCAAAAGUGAAGCCAACAAGCCGGACUCCCAGAGUCCCAAAGUCUUGGUGGAGUACGACAACUUCCCACCUAAUAAAACCAUCGGGCCGGAGAUGAGGAUAGUGAUUCCUCCGAUCCCCAGCAGCUUCACGAGGUCGUCUCCUAAAGAUAAUCAAAUGCAGUUUCCACAAAUGAGAGCUUCAGGUGAAGGACUCGACCACUUCUCUCCCAUCCAAAACAUGGAACUACAGAACAUUUCCGACUCCGAUUCCGACUGGGAACAGGAAGUAAUGGCCGGCUUCAGUGGCUUCUGCGAUCUUUGAGAAAUUAAACUCACGAAUGUCUGUAUUUAUUGUAAAACGGUAUUAAUAUUCAUGACUGUAUUUGUGUUUUUAAAUUGUGUCUGAAAUAAAAA